ACGAAACAACCUGUUUUGAACGCGUGCAAAGAAUCCGUCUGGAUUGGCUUCGUUCGACCGGCACGAAGCGACGGAAGGCGACGGAAGAGAGACCGGUUCGACAUACACUAAAUCAUCCUACUCAGUAUUAACUCAGCCUGCAGACCGCCAACACACUCUUUUGGAAUCUUCAUCUCUCCUGAGGACCCUUCCGUGAAAGAUAUCAGUGAUAAACGAUGAACGCAUCUACGAUGCUCCGAUCCAUCUUCCGCGAAAUACCGCAAAGGCUGAUGCGAGCGCAGAAAGUGCAUCUAUGCGCAUCAAGUCUCAGUCACAAUCCAGGUCCUUUGACGCAAUUUACAGAUGACGAGAUAAUGAUGAAAGAAACUGUGGCUAAACUGGCCAAGGAAGAGAUCGCUCCAUUCGUACGAAAAAUGGAAAAGGAAGGCAAAGUGGACGACGGUGUUUUGAAGAAGCUGUUCGAGAAUGGCCUAAUGGGCCUCGAAAUCCCAUCAGAUUAUGGGGGCGCAGGGUGUAAUUUUAUGAGUACUAUUUUAACUGUCGAGGAAGUGGCGAAAGUCGACGGAGCCGUAGCUGCUCUCGUUGAUAUCCAUAAUACUUUGGUCAACUCGCUUAUCAUUAAAGUUGCAUCAGAAGAACAGAAGAAAAAAUAUCUGCCUAAAUUAGCACAAACCUACGCCGGUAGCUUUUGCUUGACGGAACCCGGUUCUGGAUCAGAUGCGUUUUCUCUUAAAACCGAAGCGAAGAAGGAUGGCUCAGAUUAUGUGAUCAACGGAACGAAGAUGUGGAUCUCGAAUUCGGAUAUAGCAGGAGUUUUCUUAGUUUUUGCCAACGCAAAUCCUUCUGCGGGAUAUCGCGGCAUCACGACUUUCUUCGUGGAGCGCGAUACGCCUGGUUUGGCGAUACAAAAACCCGAGGACAAACUAGGCAUCAAGGCAUCUGGAACUUGCAUGAUCCAUUUUGAUAACGUCAGGGUGCCCGAGAGUAACAUUUUGGGUGAAUUUGGACAUGGAUACAAAUACGCUGCUGGAUUCCUAAACGAAGGCAGAGUCGGGAUAGGAGCUCAAAUGAUCGGUAUAGCACAAGGUUGUUUAGACGCAACUAUACCAUAUACGUUGGAAAGGAAGCAAUUUGGAAAGGAUGUGUUCUCAUUCCAGGCAAUGCAACAUCAAAUAGCUCAAGCGGUAACUGAUUUAGAAUGCGCUAGGUUGCUGGUGUACAAUGCGGCUAGAUUAGUAGACGCUAAAAAGGAUGUGAUAAAAGAAGCAGCUAUGGCAAAAUUAGUUGCAUCCGAAACUGCGUUACGUGUCACCGCCAAGUGCAUAGACUUUAUGGGAGGCGUCGGUUUUACGACGGAUUUUCCUCAAGAGAAAUACUUUAGAGACUCGAAAAUUGGAACAAUUUACGAAGGUACAAGUAAUAUGCAAUUAUCAACGAUCGCAAAAUGUAUACGCAAGGAAUAUUCCUAAGUUAGUACAUUACUAUUUUUAUAUUACUUUUUUUAUUGACAUGUAUGUUUAGUUUAUAAAAUUUAUAAAUAAUUUUUACGAUAAAGCACAUGUACUAUUUUUAUGUUAUUAUUGAUAUUAUUUUCCUUGUUUUAAAAAUAUAUUUUUAUACUUUUAUAUUGUAAUCCAAUCAUUGAAUAUACAAGAGAUUUUUAAGAAGAAACUUCCAUUCUUCGAUGUAGAUCCUACAUACUACAAUAUGUGUAAAUAAGUCAAAAUGUAUGAAGAUGUGCUAAAAUAAACUUAAAUUGUUUAU